UAUUCAAGGUUUUUUUUUGAGUGUUCUGACUGAAGCACAGCAGCCCUGCAGCUGGGUUAUGCAGAUGUGCUGUGAAAUCAGGUUGCUCUGCACCUUGACAGAAUUUUGUCACUUUUUUUGGCAAUGUGAUCACAUUUUAGAGCAUGGGCUUUUGUUUCCUCUUUAAACAGUUCACAGGGAGAAGGAAAGGGAAGGUCUGACUGCCCUUUACUCUGCUGUUCAAGGGUUGUGCAAAUAUAUCCCUGCUCCACUUCCUGGCUGACUGGGAGCUGCAAGGUGGCUGCCCUCACACUGUUGGCUUUUUAUUCUGUAUGUAUAAUCUGCCUUGCUUUUCUUUCCCUCUGAAUCUGCAGCAGUGGACAUGUGAGCCUUGCUGAGGGGAUGCUCUGCCCAGGGAUUUGUGGGGAAUCUAGAACUUCAGAGGAAGAGAAGGCAUUGAAUGUCAAUUGUAUAAUUGUAAUCAUUAAGUUAUGUUAUAUUUAUGUCACAUUUACAUUAUAACGACUAUUUAAUUGCCACAUUAUCUCUUUAACUGACUUUGAGCUCUGUUUUUAUUAUGUGUCUUUUAUUUAAAACCUAUUUGGGUAGGUUGAAACAUUCUAUUCCAGAAAUUUCACAGAAGUAUUGAUAUCCUGUGAGUGCCAGAACAUCCUGCAGCUGGAAUCCUGUCUGAAAAGGGAAAAGUCUCCUCAAAAAAAUGUGUGUGUCUCUCUGAGCUGACUGGGCUCACCAGAGUUCUGCUCUUCUCCUGCAGGCAUUAUGCUGCUCGAGGUGUUCCUGCUCCUGGGGACACUCCUCAUCUACUUCUUCUUUUCCAAGAAGAAUGAAGAGACACUGCCCUUCAAAGAUGGGUGGUGGGGCAGGGGACAAAAGCCUGAGACCAAAGAAGACUCCAGUGUUAGACCAUUUAAGGUGGAGACUGCAGAGGAAGAGCUGAGUGAUUUGUUUAGGAGACUGGACCAGGCUCGAUUCACUGAGCCACUGGAGAACAGCUGCUUCCAUUAUGGAACCAACUCAGUGCACCUCAGGAAGGUGGUGUCCUACUGGAAAAACCAGUUCAAUUGGAAGAAACAAGUUGAAGUCCUCAACAAGUACCCACAAUUCAAAACAAAGAUUCAAGGCAUUGAUAUCCAUUUUGUUCAUGUAAAGCCUCCUCGUUUGCCUGAAGGCCAGGCUGCAAAGCCACUAUUGAUGGUUCAUGGUUGGCCUGGCUCAUUCUAUGAGUUUUACAAAAUCAUCCCCCUGCUGACGGAUCCUGCAAGCCACGGCCUCGGGGAUGAGCACAUCUUUGAAGUCAUUUGCCCAUCCAUCCCUGGUUAUGGCUUCUCAGAAGCACCCCACAAGCAAGACUUCAAUUCCGUGAGUGCUGCUUCUGUUUUUUAUGAAUUGAUGCUCAGACUGGGAUUCAAUGAGUUCUACACCCAGGGUGGUGAUGCUGGCUGUGUCAUCUGCACCAACCUGGCCCAGAUAGCUCCCAGCCACGUGAAAGGUCUCCAUUUAAACAUGGUCUUGGUUUCGAAGCUGGGGCUCUCUCACCUGCUCUCCAUCCUGCUGGGCCGGUACUUCCCGGGGCUCUUUGGAUUCCAGGAUGAAGAUGUCAGGAGGAUGUUCCCCUUCUUGAAGAAAUGGCUCUACAAGAUCUUGUCUGAGUCUGGCUAUGCUCACAUACAGGCUACAAAACCAGAUACUGUUGGCUGUGGUUUGAAUGACUCUCCUGUGGGACUGGCUGCAUACAUCUUGGAGAAGUUUUCCUCGUGGACUGAUAUGGAAUUCCAGAACCUAGAGGAUGGAGGGCUAGAGAGGAAGUUCAGCCUGGAUGACCUGCUCACCAAUAUCAUGAUCUACUGGGUGUCAGGCUGCAUUGUCUCCUCCAUGCGUUUCUACAAGGAAAACCUGCAGAAGGGGAUAGGCACACAGAAACAUGAAAAACUCACAGUACAGGUACCCACUGGCAUUGCUGCCUUCCCUAAUGAAAUCCUGCACAUACCCCAGGCUUGGGCCAAGAAGAAAUACACCAACAUUGUCUCCUUCCACUUCAUGCCUCGGGGUGGCCACUUCGCAGCUUUGGAGGAACCUGAACUUCUUGCCAAAGAUAUUCUGCAGUUUGUGGACAAAGUAGAGAAAGAGCAACUCUGGAAAAAGAAAGGGGAAUAACUUCCCUAAGAAACAGGAGGGUAAUUACUUUUAGCUUAGCACAUGUACAGGGCUCACUUAGUCUGCUGUAAUCCAUGUAAUUAGAUUUUAUUGUUGACAAGAUGUGAGCAAGGACAGAAAGAAAAAUACAGUGUAUACUGCCAUGGGGACCAACAGAUUUUGGGCUGGUUUUUUUUGUUCAGCUAGGCUAAGAAAGUAGCAUGAAGAGUGCUUGAGUAUCUUCUGAAACAUGUUCUGUAGUAUUUUUGACUCUUGCUUUGAGAUUGAAAAAUAGACGUCACAACUACCAACGUACCUAGUAACACUAAAAUUGUUAUGAAAGGCUUUUUUUUUUCAUGGCAGCAGUAAAAUUUGAGUUGCUGUGAGUAUGAAGUUCCUCACAUAAAGAGCAGGGAGCAGCCUGGCAGGACCUAACUUGCAUGAGUGCAUUAAUCAAUCAAUCAGCAUUGAUGAGCUUACAGUAUCUUUAAACUGCCUUCUGCUGGCUGCCUUUCCCUUCCAGCCUGGGCUGUGAAGGAGCUGGACUGCCCUGUGCCAGGCUCCUGGGAGAUGUGAGGAGCUGCUGAAAGACACAGGUGCCUGUAGCUCAGCCCAGGAGGUGGGGCUGGGUAGGAGUAAUUGCAGCCCCAGCUAUUUCUGCACUGAAUUUGUACUCUUAAAUCAUAGCCCUAGGUAGGCCCAACACACUGUGGCUUUGCACUGUUUUAGCAGGGUGUUGUAAAUACCUCUUGCUAAAGGACAAAAAUAUUGUUAAUUCAAAAUUAAAAGUGAAUUCAAUUUAUGAAUAAUU